UCGGGGUGCAGCGGGGGCAGGGUGGGGACCCCCGCCCCCGUGGGGAACACCCGGGGGGCUCCUGGGUACCCCCCACAUCCCCCUCAUAUCCGCAUGGAGGGGGUGUGAGCUCAGGGUGGGGGGGUCACACAAGGCCUCCAAGCACAAGGGGUGAACCCAGGACUUGGGGGUGCUGGGCCCUCCCCUCCCCUCACUCUCAGGACCCCCCCACCCAUCCCGGCCCCACGUGUGGUCCCCACACUCUGGUCAAAGGGCUCCACUGGGGUGGUUUGGGUUGAAACGUUGGAAUUUGGGGGGUUUAUCCCAGAGCUACUCAUUUCUGGGAGAACAAGGCUUUUGGUUGGGGAAGGGAUUUGAUGUAGGGGGCUGUGGAGAUGGAUAGGGGGUGACGGGGACUAUGUGUGGGGGGCUCACAGCUGUGCUGAACCCUCCCUGGGUUCUCAGGGAGGUGUCCCCCAGAGCUCUCUGUGCCCACUGGCAGCUCUACCUUUCCCAGGUGCCUGGGGGCCGUGGAUGGGGGUCACAACUGGACUGAGACCCACCGUGUGACUCUCAAGGCUCAGCUGUGAUCCCACCAUGGCUCUCAAGGGUCCCCUCAGGGUCUCCCCCCUCUUCUGAGAGCUCCACCUGCCCUCAGGUACCUGUGGGAUGCAGGUGGGAGUCCAGCCCAGAUCUCAGGGGUCCCCCCAGGGCUGUGUCCCCUCAUGACAGCUCCACAUUCCCCCCAGCACAGCUGUGGCCCCGGCCAUGACAGAGGUCACCUGUGAACCCCCCCGGGCUCCCAGGGAUCUCCCCAGGGUCUCCCCCCCAUGACAGCUCCAUCUUCACCCCAGAUACUGGGGGGGGCUGCAACUGGGGGUCCUGCUCAGCUCUCAGGGGUCCCUUCAGAGUCUCUCCCCCUUUUCUGACAGCUCCACCUCCCUCCAGGUACCUGGGGGCUGCAACUGGGGGUCCAGCUCAGCGCUCAGGGGUCCUCCAGGGUCCUGCCCCCCCAGUGACAGCUCCACCUCCCCCAGGUACCCCCUCGCUGAGCAGCGGGGACAUGAGUGGGGCUGGGGGGCACCUUUGGGUACUCUGAGUGCCACCCCCACAGCGGCCCCCACCCCCACCCCUGGAACACCAAGGAUGUGACCCUCUGGCGAUGCCCGGCUGCGCCGUACUCGCCGCCAGGCCGGCGGCACAGGAUGGAGCCCUUCCUGCCCUCCCCGUGGGGCUGGAAUGGCUCUAGAGGGGGGUCCCGGCCCCCCAACAGCACUGCCGAGGCCAAGCCCAAGGACGUGGCCUCCAAGUCUGUGGGGCUGUUCUUCAUGGUGCUGCUGGACCUCACGGCCAUCGUGGGCAACGCCGCCGUCAUGACGGUCAUCGCGAAGACGCCAGCGCUCCGCAAGUUCGUCUUCGUGUUCCACCUGUGCCUGGUGGAUUUCCUGGCUGCCCUCACGCUGAUGCCUCUGGAGAUGCUGUCGGGCUCAGCCGUGUUCGACAGCCCAGGGCUGGGCGAGGCCGUGUGCCGCGUGUACCUGUUCCUCAGCGUGUGCCUCACCUCCAUGUGCAUCCUCUCCAUCUCGACCGUCAACGUGGAGCGCUACUACUACGUGGUGCACCCUCUGCGCUACGAGUGGAGCCGUGGGCCAUCCUGCAAGGUCUUUGUGGUCUUCUUCGCUGCCUUCUACUUCGUCCUGCCCCUCCUCAUCAUCAUCGUGGUCUACUGUGGCAUGUUCAAGGUGGCACGGGUGGCAGCCAUGCACCACGGCCCACCACCCACCUGGAUGGAGACGCCGCGCCGGCGCUCGGCGUCGCUCAGCAGCCGCUCCACCAUGGUCACCACCUCGGGGGCUCCUCGGACCACCCCGCAGAGGAUGUUCGGCGGGGGCAAGGCGGCUGCCGUGCUGCUGGCCGUGGGUGGCCAGUUCCUCUUCUGCUGGUUGCCCUACUUCUCCUUCCAGCUGUACACAGCUCUGAGCACUCGGCCCUUGGCCGGGCCGGCGGCUGAGACUGUGGUCACCUGGCUGGGGUUCUGCUGCUUCACCUCCAACCCCUUCUUCUACGGCUGCCUCAACCGGCAGAUCCGCGGGGAGCUCGGCCGGCUCCUCACCUGCUUCUUCAAGCAGCCCCCCGAGGAGGACCUGCGGCUGCCAAGCCGGGAGGGCUCCAUCGAGGAGAACUUUCUACAGUUCCUCCAGAGCACUGGGCGCCCACCAGAGCCCCCCAGCUCCGAGCGGGACCUGCCCCCUGUGGAUUUCCGCAUCCCGGGGCAGAUUGAGGAGGAGGCGGCGGAGGGGAUGGAGUGGGGUGGGGAGAACGGGGUGUUCAUGCCCGUGGCGGGCUCUGCCAAAGCGGGGCUGUAGCGUUUGGGCAGGUCGGGGUAAAUGUGGCUGUGAGGGGACAGAUGGUCAUAGUGACUUGUUGAGGGGGGGGCUUCGUCACCACCACCGAGGGUUGGAGGUCCCACAGUGCUUACUGG